UCUCUCCUCACUUCUCUCCUGCUUCUUCCACCGGGGAAGACAGACUCACAAGCACCUCCUCUUUUCUGCUCCAUCACUAUGGCUACCAUGAUGCUCUCACGAAGCUCCAUCGGCGGAGGCUUUGGCAGCAGCCGUUCAUCCAGAAGCAUGAGCUCGUUCAGCGUUGCUGGAGGAGGCGGUAGUAUCAGGGUCUCACAGGCCGGGAGAACCUUCGCCGCUGGCGGCGGCCUCGGCGGAGGAGCUGGUGCAGCUUUCAGUGCAGGUGGAGGUGGAGGAUUUGCUGCAGGUGCAGGUGGAGGAUUUGGUGCAGGCUUUGCUGCAGGUGGAGGAUUUGGGGGUGGCUUUGGCGGAGGAGCAGGGAUGGACGACAGCGUCAUCGGCAACGAGAAGUUCACCAUGCAGAACCUCAACGACCGUCUCGCCAACUAUCUCACCAAGGUGGCGUCGCUGGAGAAGGCAAACGGCGAGCUGGAGCUGAAGAUCAAGCAGUUCGUGGAGACGAAGGCUGGCCCAGCCGCCAGGGACUACAGCACCUUCUACACCACCAUUGCCGAGCUGCAUGCCAAGAUCCAGGAUGCCAUCAUCGCCAAAGGUACCGUCAUGUUGAGCAUCGACAAUGCCCGGCUCGCAUCAGACGACUUCAGGUUGAAGUACGAGAACGAGCUGGGGAUGCGUCAGUCGGUCGAGGCCGACAUCGCCGGGCUGAAGGCAUUGUUGGGAGAGGUGGACGUGGCCAAGACUGACCUGAACAUGCAGAUCGAAGCCCUGAAGGACGAUCUGGCAAGCAUGAAGAAGAACCACGAGGAGGACCUGGUGUCCAUGCGCUCUCAGAUGAGCGGUCAGGUGAAUGUGGAGGUGGACGCUGCUCCUCAGCAGGACCUCAACAAAGUCAUGGAGGAGAUCAGAGAGCACUACGAAACUGUCGCCGCCAAAGCGCUCAAAGAAGCAGAGGGCUGGUUCCAGGCCAAGUCGGAGGUCCUCACCAAGGAGGUGGCAGCCACAGAAAUGACACUGAAGACAUCAACCGUGGAAGUGAAGGAAGUGAAGAGUCAGCUUCAGGCUCUGGAGAUUGAGCUCCAGUCUCAGCUCAGCAUGAAAAUGUCCCUUGAAGCCCAGCUCGCCGAAGUCCAGAGCAGCUACGGCAUGAAGAUGGAAGGAUUCCAGAUGAGGGUGAGCAGUCUGGAGGAGCAGCUGGUGCAGCUCAGAGCAGACCUGGAGAGGCAGGGACAGGAGUACCAGAUUCUGCUGGACAUCAAGACCAGACUAGAGCUGGAGAUCGCCGAGUACAGGAGGCUGCUGGACGGAGAGGGAGGCGGAUCUUCGCUCUCUUCCUCUACCUCCACCACAACCAAAACAGUCAUCACCAAGGUUGUGGAGGAAACCAUCUGAGGCCAAUCACGUGUCUGUCUGCCCGGGGCUGGAGUCGGAUUUCCACCUUUCUUCACCUUUCUGCAUGCCGGAUGAGCGUACACCUCCACCUGAAGAUCGUUUCUCACCUUCACAUCACACCUGUUUUCUGCUUCACAGGAAACCACAGCUGGUCUAAAGCUGGAGGGUUUGUGAAGGGAAGCAUUUUCUUGGCUUAUGAUGGUGAAACUUUACUGCCGUGCCUGCAGGUCUUCUGUGUACCGCUUCAACAAAUAAAACGCAACAAAACCGCAAAA